GAACACUACCACUAAAAUGCCACUGGUUAACCAAACACCACAACAGGAACCCCGAUUAGUGAAAUAUAAACCUGCAAGAAAGCCUGCUAACAUUGAAGUACCUGAUUACAAGGAUUUAUAUUCUGGAUAUUUUUACAUUAGCUUCAAUAGCGCUUUUGAUCAAUCUUCAUCUAUUCACAAAAGUAUGACAUCUACUGAUCCUACAGAUAUUAUAGACGACCUGAGAUAUUUGGAAUGGAAAGACAUUAAAUUCAAGAUGCUAUUAAAGAGAUCUAUUCAACUGCAAUGUAUGUCCUAUGAUAUGUACAGAUGUACACCAUACAUUAAUAAUAAAUUUGCAACUUUAUAUCGUGAACUAGGAUUCGACCCCUACCAUCCAAUACACAUCCAUGAAAAUGAUUUCUACGACUUUAAACUGAAAACUAUAGAGGAGGUAUCUAAAUCAAAUCUAGCUGAUGGUUAUCUUACUUCCAAACAGUUACAUUAUAAAGUACAACCAAGUCAUGUACAAGGUUUCACAGAAUUUAUGUUGCAUGAAUAUUUACCCAGAGUUGAUGAAGUAAUGAAGUCAGGCUUUCAAAUUCCCAAGAGUAAAGAAGAUGUCCCACUUGAUAAAACUCAUCUACAAAUUGAUAGCAGACUCACAUUUGAACAAAUCUUCAAGACUACGUUAUAA